CAUUUUCUCUGACACCACAACACUAUGUGUCCACCCCUCAGCCACCCUCCACCACCUUAAAUUCCACCCAACACCACCAUCACUCCAUGCACCCAUCGUUACCCAACAUGGCUAAACUCUUUGUUUCUCUAAGCUUCCUCCUGCUCAUCCAUGGCUGCCUUGCUUACCAACCAUUUUUCCAACAGCAAAACCAGUGCCAGAUUCAAAGAAUCAAUGCUCUUGAACCCAUUACACGAGUUCAAUCUGAAGCUGGUGUCACUGAGGUCUUUGAUUCCAAUGAACAGCAGUUCCAGUGUGCAGGUGUUGAGGUCAUCCGCCACAGGAUUCAACCGCGAGGACUUCUCUUGCCAUCGUACACCAACACCCCUAUCCUCUUCUUUGUUGAACUAGGAAGUGGUAUUCAAGGGGUGAUGUUGCCUGGUUGCCCGGAGACAUAUGAAGUAUCGACCGAACAAUUUGAAGGGCGUAAAGGCGGAAGCGCGUUUACGGAUCGCCACCAGAAGAUCCACCAGUUCUGGCAAGGAGAUGUGGUGGCCAUCCCUACAGGAGCUGCACACUGGCUUUACAACAAUGGACAAGAUGAGCUUGUUAUCAUUGCUUUACUUGACAGCACAAACUAUGCUAAUCAACUUGAUCCAAGCUACAAGAGAUUCUUCCUAGCCGGAAACUCACAAGGAGAACAAGUGCAACAAAUAGAACAACCAAGAUCAUGGGAAAAUCUACAACAAGACCGAUUACUUAAAAAGGGCUCCGACAACAUUUUCAAGGGGUUCACAACCGAAACUAUUGCCGAGUCGUUUAAUGUAGAUCACGAGACCGCAGAGUUGCUUCGCGGUGAAAGUGACCAGAGGGGACACAUUGUCUUCGUGGAAAAAGGCCUUCAAGUUAUCCAGCCACCAAUGCGCCAUGAAGAACAAGAAUACCGUGGUGGUCCUCGAGCCAAUGGUGUAGAAGAAACCAUUUGCUCGAUGAAACUCCGGGUGAACAUCGACGAUCCUUCGGAAGCCGACCUUUACAACCCGCAAGCCGGCCGUUGCACACGUCUCAACAGCUUCAAGUUCCCCAUUCUUCAGUAUUUGCAACUCAGCGCCGAAAGAGGUGUUCUCCACAGGAAUGCCAUAGUGUCACCACACUGGAUAAUGAAUGCCCACAACAUAAUCUACGUGACAGACGGAUACAUGAGGAUUCAGAUAGUGAAUGACCAGGGUCAAGAGGUGUUCAACGACGUUCUCCAAGAACAACAACUCGUGGUGGUGCCACAGAAUUUCGCAGUGGCGAAACAAGCUGGCGAACAAGGGUCUAAGUGGAUUUCCUUCAGGACCAACGACAACGCGAUAAUGAACACCUUGGCCGGAAGGACCUCUGUCAUGAGAGCAUUGCCUGUGGAUGUCCUAGCGAAUGCAUACCAGUUGUCGAGCGAAGAUGCACAGAAACUCAAGUACAACAGACAGGAGUCUGUGUUGUUCAUGCCCGGAGGUAGUUACACCGGUUCCCGUGGUGGGAUGUAGGAAGCUUAAGGUCGUAGUUAGGUGGUCGAGAUUUUGUUAAGAAUAAAGGUGUGGUAGUUUAAGGUUUUAACGGGUCUUUGUUUUGUAUGACUUUAUUUUGUCGACUACUAAUUACUAGACUUUUUUUUUCUCGUGUCA